AUGGAGGAUUAUUCCAGUGCAACAUUGAAAGCUGACAUUAAUUAUAUAGAUGGAGUAGCAAUGUUGAAUCUAAGUGAAAAAGGACUCUCCAGGUUACCUGAUGCAGUCACUGAACUGAGUGAAGUGGGAGCACUUUGGCUGAGUGGCAAUAACCUGACUGAACUAUCAACAAGUAUAAAUAAGCUGAAAAAUCUUAGGAGUCUUUACUUGAGUGUAAACAAACUGGCAGAACUACCUCCUGAGAUCUGUGACCUAAAGGAGCUAGAAAAGUUGUUUGUGUCUUCUAACCAGUUAGUUGGUUUACCAAGCAGUAUAGAGAAGCUGAACAAGCUAAAAUGUUUGCGCUUGAGAAGAAACAACCUGAAAGAGUUACCAGCUGGGGUUGGUGACCUGAUGGAGCUGACAACGCUGGACGUGAGUGAAAACCAGUUGGUUGGUUUGCCUACCACUGUAAAAAAGCUGAACAAGCUUAAAGAGCUGUACUUGGACGGUAAUAAAAUAACAGAACUGCCUCCUGACAUUUUUUACCUGAAGGAGCUAAUAGCGCUGAAUGUGGGUAUGAACCAGUUGGUUGUGUUACCUAGCAAUAUACAGAAGCCGAGCAAGCUUACGUGGCUAAACUUAGAUAAGAACAAACUUACUGAAUUACCUGCUGAGAUUGGUGACCUGAAGGAGCUGUGGUCGCUGAAUGUGAGUAACAACCAGUUGGUUGGUUUACCUACCAGUAUACAGAAACUGGACAAGCUUGAAGUGCUGUUCUUGGAUAACAACAAACUAAAAACAUUACCAGCUGAGAUUGGAGACCUGAAGGAGCUGUGGUGGCUGAAUGUGAGUGACAACCAGUUGGUUGGCCUACCUGCUAGUUUACAGAAGCUGAACAAACUUCAAGUACUGCACGUGGACAAAAACAAACUUACUGAAUUACCUGUUGAGAUCGGUGAUCUUAAGGAGCUGAGAGAGUUGAGUGUGAGUAACAACCAGUUGGUUGGUUUACCUACUAGUUUACAGAGGCUAAACAAGCUUGAAGUGCUAAACUUAGACAGGAACAAACUUCGAGAAUUACCUGCUGGGAUCGGUGACCUGAUAGAGCUGAGAAAUCUGAGUGUAAGUAACAACCAGUUGGUUGGUUUACCUACCAGUAUGCAGAAGCUGGGCGAGCUUGAAAAGCUGUACUUGCGUAAUAAUAAGCUUACUGAAUUACCUGCUGGUAUUGGUGACCUGAAGGAGCUGAGUUGGCUUUAUGUGAGUGGUAAUCCUUUGAAUUUUGAUGCAAUAAGAUUUGCCCAAAAGUUGAAGAACAAAGGAAAGUUCAUUAACACUGAUAUUGCAGGUGAGCAGGAAUAUUUUCAAUUAAGUUUAAAAAUAGGCUGACUACAUUUAGAUGUACAUGAACUGAGCUACUAUAACCGCCACCUAGUUAGCACAGUUCGAAGAACCCAGGAGGUGAUUGUUUGAACCUUGGCUAGUCCACCAACCAGGGUCUUUAAAAAUCUGUUAAUUUCAUGAUCAGACGCGAGGCUGAUUUAAAAUCUUGUCUCAGUUCAGAUGAUUGCAUUAUUGGGAGGUGGCAUCAGGGUUUGGCCCCGUCUCUCUUCAAAGCAACACAAAGAAUGUAUAAUCACGCGAAUACAAAUUGGCGUUUUAAUAGGGUCGACCUGUACUUAGAAGGGUCGUCACAAUCUGUCACUGUCUUGCGCUACACAGAUAACAGGAACACAUAAGAAGCAUUAAUCAUGACUCCCGUAACCGAGUUCACAUCCGUUUAAAGGCCCAUUAUCGUAACUUUUGAGGCCGUUGCUGGGGGAAAGUCGUCAAGGUGUAACUUAGCAUAACGAAGCCUACAUGUGACGAAAUUUGGACAGUGGCCCCUUAGUGACCAGUUGGUUAUCACUGUGAGGUCAUCAGGACACGCCUAUUGUCACGUGACCCAAGAGCAGAGCAUAAUCUACCCGCUGGUCAAGCUACACACACUGUAGUCCAGCGGAUCGUAUUGCAUAUAGUUUAGUACCGGAAUAAAUAGCUUCAUUAGAAGCUGCCAUUCAUUCUUCUAUAAAAUUUGGGUCUGUAAAUCAGUGUCCCUGAGAUUAUUGAACAUCCUGCAAAGGACAAUAACGAGCUGGGCCCAACGUGACAAUACACUGCUGGAAAUCAUUGCAUUCACGGACUAAAGAAAAUCUUUUAGUUAUUCAAAACCCUUAUUUAGCCGCAAAGAGCAAGCAGCAUUUUGGCAUGAGGUAAAACUUGUGUGUUGCCUACAGACCCCCUUUUUUCACAAAGCACGAUGGACGAAAGAGCCGAAAACGAGCGGAAACGAAAAUUGCAAAGUUGAGUUGAAAAUACACGAGGUUGAGUUUGAAAUAUGACGCGGCGAGUAGCAAAAUUCACCGAGUGAGUAUCAAACUGCGAAAUUCGCAUCUCAGUCAAAUGUAGAAUACUGGCUCAGGUAUCAAAACCAAGACGAAAGUAGCGGUGUAUAAAAAUUUGUUCGUCGAGUUGAAAA